AUGAAGUCUAUCCUUGUUACCGGCGCAACAGGCAAACAAGGUGGCGCCGUCAUCAACGCCCUCCUAGCCGAAGACGCCGACAUCGAGAUCCUGGCCGUCACCCGCAAUCCGCAGUCUGGCAGCGCCAAAAAACUAGCCGACAAAUCCCCCAAGAUCAAACUGGUGCAGGGCGACCUCGACCACCCAGCCGGGAUCUUCAAAAAUGCCCACCAAGUAUCUUCCGAGCCCGUCUGGGGCGUGUUCAGCGUGCAGCUACCCAUGGGCCAAGGCCAAACCGUCGAAAAAGAAGAACGCCAAGGCAAGGCCCUAAUCGACGAAGCUCUGACCCAAAAAGUCCAGCACUUCGUGUACACCUCCGUCGACCGCGGCGGGGACGCAUCCACCGACAACGCGACCAACAUCCCGCACUUUAUCAGCAAGCACCGCAUCGAACAUCAUCUCUUUGAGCGGAUGCAUGGUACCCAAAUGUCCUGGACGGUUCUGAGGCCAGUCUUCUUCUUCGACAACAUCACCCCGGACUUUAUCGGGCGGUUCGUGGUGACAGCAUGGGACGCGUACCUGCAGGGGAAGCCGCUGCAGUGUAUCGCUGUCAGUGAUAUUGGCUAUUUCGCUGCGCAGGCGUUUCUGAACCCGGCAGAGUAUCGGAAUCGGUGCCUGUCGUUGGCGGGGGAUGUGCUUACGUAUGAGCAUAUGCAGGAGACGAUGAAGCGGAAGACGGGGCGAAAGGCGCCGACGACGUUCCGGGUGGUUUGCUAUGCUGUGCUGUGGAUGGUGAAGGAUAUGAAGGCUAUGUUUCAGUGGUUGUAUGCGCAUGGCUACCGGGCUGAUAUUCCGAGGUUGAGGGAUAUGCAUCCCGGUUUGAAGGAUUUUGAGAGGUGGCUGGAGGAGGAUAGUCAGUUUGUUAACAGUAGUUCUUAG